AUGAGCUUUAUAUCAAUUAACAUUACUUGUUUAAUACUGGAAUUAUAUCCCAGCGUUUUGUGGGCAGAAGUUGUACAUCAUUUAUCGGAUGAAAUGCUAAGCUCACUCGGAAUACUUUAUCUCAUAAUAUAUUCUACACCAAGUGGAUUUCAAUACAACUUUAAGUUAACUCGUAAGGAAGGCGAUGACAUCAGUUAUGCUAAAAAAUCAAUGGAUAUUAAGAUUCUUGAUAUUAUUGGUAUAUUGUUGAUGGUCUUGCCAAUAGCAAUACAAUUGCCAUUAGCAGCUUUUGCUGGUCAUGAAGCUGACAUCAACAACAUACAAUUUGCCGAAUCAUGGAAUGAGUAUAAUAACAAAAAGAAUGAUCAAAGCAAUGAUAAUACUAUUAUUACUGUUUAG